GCAAAGGAGGGUAGGCGACGGCGUUCCUGAGCGACAAACUGCCUUUGUCGAUCCCCUUUGCCGCCCACUCCGUAUCCCCUAAUGAUCCAUAAAUAACAUGAAUGAAAUAAUAAUAAUUCGAUAAAGAAAUAAUAUGGCAGCUAAAAUUGAAUAAACAUAUGAUAUUUGCACAACAAGUUGAUUCAUUUUCCCGACGAUUAUAUGCAGCAAGCAAGCAGCAAGUCUGUUGGUUGGGGGGGAUAUGCAUUUAAUAUACUCUCGCUUUCCCAUCCAUCCAUCCACAAGUAGUCAAGUGCAAUUAUCAGGUGUGGUUGAUUGAGGAAAGGCAAGAAUGAAUAUGGAUGUAGCACUAGCAUGCAGGAACAACAAUAUUCAACAGCAGCCUAUCGAUUUGGUUUCAGCUGUCAAAGAGUUGCAUAUGCUAACUUCUGAGGAGCUUAGCAAGUUAAUCAGGGAUGCUAAUAAUGAUAUUAUUCAGUGGACUGCCCAUGAUGGAUCUUCAAAACAGAUUAACGUGGAAACCUUGGCAAGAUAUUUGACGUGCCACCUACUUGCAAAGCUUCUGGAAUCCAAACGAGAUGAACAACUUUUCAGAUACCUAUUAGCAGGGCUUAGACUUUUGCAUGCCUUAUGUGAUAUUGCACCACGCAAUUCCAAACUUGAGCAGGUUUUGCUUGAGGAUGUGAAAAUAUCUGAACAGAUAUUUGAUAUGAUUUUUUUUGUGAUACUGGUUCUUAGUGGAUUUAGACAGGAAAGUGGGCUGGUUUUACUGCAUUCAGCUAUGUUGUCCUGCAGUCUAUAUCUGUUAACAGCAUUUGUUUCUACACAAUGGAAUGAGCUUGCACUAGUUCUGCUUGCACACCCUAAGGUUGACAUAUUUGUGUUUGGAGCCUUUUCUGCUGUUCAUAGGGACAUUCAGUUUCUUCAAGUGAGGCUAUCAGGUCAAUAUUCCAAUACUGCUGAAAUCAAGGGUCUGUGCCAGCACUGUGAGGCAUCUCUACAGUUUCUUCAGUCACUUUGCCAACAAAGGUUCUUUAGGGAGCGCCUCGUUAAGAAUAAGGAUGUAUGUGAAGAAGGUGGCAUUCUUUUAUUGGCUUAUGACAUCAUGAAACUGCCAUUCUGUGAAGAGUCUUCUUCUUAUCUGAUGGCUGUGGUUUCUAGGCUGAAAUCGAAAGUCUUAUCUAUUCUGUUGCAUCUUUGUGAAGUAGAAAGUGUUUCUUUCUUGGAUGUGGCUGCCAGCACUAGCAGGGGUUUGAAUUUAGCAAAGUCUACUAUAUUCCAGGUUCUUGAAUUGCUGAGGACCAUGUUUAGGGGAGAUCUCAAUGCUUUGUCAGACAAUACCACCUACCCAAGGGGACUUUUGCAACUCAAUGCAAUGCGAUUGACAGAUAUUCUUUCUGAUGAUUCUAAUUUUAGAUCCUACAUCACCCUCAAUUUUACGGAAGUUUUGACGACAAUAUUUUUGCAACCACAUGCGGAAUUCUUGUCUAGUUGGUGUUCUUCUGAAUCUGAAGAAGAAGAAGAUGCUACUCUGGAUUAUGAUCCUUUAUCAGCAUCUGGAUGGGUUUUGGGUGUGCUUACAUCAUCAGAUGUUCCAGAAUCCACUUUCAACGCAUCUCCUGUUCCUCCGACUUCAUAUGCAUUCCAAAGAACAUCUUUACUGGUUAAAGUCGUCGCAAAUCUCACUUGUUUUAUUCCUGAUCUAUGUAAAGAGGAGAAGGAUCUCUUCUUUAGCACAUUCCUGCAAUGCUUACAGAAGGAACUUCCUAAUUUACCAUAUGGAGUUCCAAAUGAUUCUAGAACUGAACGAGUGGCUAUCAUUACUCAAAACCUGCGUUCUCUGUUCAUUCAUGCAGAAUCUUUAGUUCCUGGAUUCCUUAAUCAAGAUGAUGUGCAGCUGUUUAGGCUGUUCAUUGCACAGCUGGAGCCACUGAUUACUCAGGAAUUCAGUAUCGCCCGAGUUACUGAGGCCAAUUCACCUUUGGAAGAAUCAAACCAGUUGAAUAUCUAUGGACCUCAAACUUUUAGUGGUAGGGGUGUUCAUGAAAGUGAUGGAGAUGCUCAAAACGUUGAAACCAAUGGAUUGGUGCAGUUUAGAAAAAGGAAACGCAACAUAAUGAAUCACUUGCAAAUAAGCAUGAUCGAACAGGCGUUACAGAACGAACCUGAUAUGCAGAGAAAAUCUGCCUCAUUACAGUUAUGGGCUGAAAAAAUUAGUCUUCAUGGUUCAGAAUUAUCUUCCUCACAGCUGAAGAAUUGGUUGAAUAACCGUAAAGCCAAACUAGCUCGUGCUGCUGCUGCCAAGGACAUUCGUGCAGCUUCUUCUGGGGGAGACAGGCAAGGUGGGUCAGGAACGGACCCUGACCCUGAUGAAUUCUUUGACCAAGGUGUUAGGUAUGAGGCAGGGCAAAUUGUGGGGCUUAGAGAUGGUGAAGGAGAGGAGAUUGGUAAGGGUUGUGUGCAGCAAGCAAGGGGCUCAUGGUGUGGCACCAACCUUGAUGAAUCUGGGUUGUGUGUUGUGGAUGUUACUCAUCUUAAAGUGGAUAAAUGGUCAAACCUUCCACACCCAUGUGAUGCUACUGGCACAUCGUUUGCUCAUUCUGAACAAAUUACUGGUGUAAAGAGAGUGCUCUGGGAUUCCAGUAAACUUGUUCCACAGCCCCCCAAGUCUAGAUGACAACUUAAGCACCUUUUCUUGUUGGUCAAACUCACAGCAUGACUUUUUUCUGGCUGCACAUAUACUAUAAGGUAUAAACUUGCUUAGAUUGAUGGUUGGCAUUGCCUUUUUAGAGUUCAACACUAUGCUCAUGGAGUCAAUCGCUUGCCUGAUGAAUUUGUGAACCA